GUUUGUUCUCUGUUCUGCUUGAACGUACGAACCUUAUUCUCUGUGAAAAUGACUGGUCGCGGUAAGGGAGGAAAGGGAUUGGGAAAAGGAGGAGCAAAGCGCCAUCGCAAAGUGUUGCGUGAUAACAUCCAAGGUAUCACCAAGCCCGCCAUUCGUCGUCUGGCUCGUCGAGGUGGAGUGAAACGUAUCUCAGGAUUGAUUUACGAAGAGACCCGUGGUGUCUUGAAAGUGUUCCUUGAGAACGUGAUCCGUGACGCCGUCACUUACACCGAACACGCCAAGAGGAAGACCGUCACCGCCAUGGACGUCGUCUAUGCUCUCAAGCGUCAAGGCCGCACCCUUUACGUUAGUCUACAUCGAACUCUCAACUUCGAAGCAAUGGCUCGUACUAAGCAAACCGCGCGCAAAUCCACCGGUGGUAAAGCACCGAGGAAACAACUCGCCACCAAGGCCGCUCGUAAGAGUGCGCCUGCAACCGGUGGAGUGAAAAAGCCCCAUCGCUACAGGCCCGGAACCGUCGCUCUCCGUGAGAUCCGUCGCUACCAGAAGAGCACCGAGCUCCUCAUCCGCAAACUGCCCUUCCAACGCUUGGUCCGUGAAAUCGCUCAGGACUUCAAGACCGACCUGCGCUUCCAGAGCUCCGCCGUGAUGGCCCUCCAGGAGGCCAGCGAGGCCUACCUCGUCGGUCUCUUCGAAGACACCAACUUGUGCGCCAUCCACGCCAAGAGAGUCACCAUCAUGCCAAAGGACAUCCAGUUGGCCCGUCGCAUCCGAGGAGAACGUGCUUAAUUUUUUUCGACCACACAAAACAAU